GUGUCAAAAUUUACAUGUCAAAUAUUUGUACUAGAAUGACGUGAAUGUUUAUGGUAGUUAUUGUUAAAUUUCUAGAGAAUUAAGAGCAAAAAAUCACUUAACAUGGCCUUUAGAGCACUCACAGAAGGAGAGUGUGGCGACGUAAACCCUCUGAGUAAAUUGUCAUCGCACGUAACACGCGACUAUGCCUUUUCUGAUAAUACUUCGCAAGUGCUGCCCAGCACAUCGGAUCAACUGGUCGAACAAUUUUUACAAGAGACCAGAGCAAUGCCACAAAGUUUCAGAAUGGGAGAUUUGAUGAGGGAGAUGCACGAAAUCGAGUCUCAAAGGUCAGCCUUACCACCAAUACCAGCCUCGACAGUCAAAGAUCAGCUGCACAACGAUGCCUGGGCUCAACAGUAUCUUCAGGAUGGCAGGAUAUUUCAUGAAACAAACUAUGAAGAUAUCUGGAACCAGAUUUCAGCACACGACCAAGAGCAUAAUUUUAAGUUAUUUGAGAAUGCUUGGACUGCUGAAGCUCUACAUUUAGAUAAUGCAGCAUUUAGGGAGGUACAAGAAGAUACAAAGGACAUAAAUAAUCAAACAGAAGAUAAUAAAUUUGUCUACUCCAAGUUUAUGAAAUUUAUGCAAAAUGUUGAAGAGCCGAGUCCAAUAAACAUAAAUGACGGAAAAUUAACAGAAAGAGAGGCCCAAGCUUGGACAAAUGAAUUCUUACACAACACAGAAACAACUGCCAUAGACGAAAUUUGGGCUAAUGAGUUUGCCAAAACUGAAAACGAAGAAAUUAAAGCUUCUUCUUGGGACAAACUGCAAGAGGACUUUGAAAAUGUGACGAGUUUCGAUGAUAACGCCUUGAAUCCUUGGCUAGAAGACUUUAGUUCUACUUAUAACAUUCCACAAAAGGAAUACGAAUUUAGUGAGGAAAAUCCUAUGCUAAAUUUACCAAACCCCAUAGAAAAAGGAAAGGAAUUGUUAGAAUCAGGGGAUUUUCCUAGCGCUGUUCUCUGUUUUGAAGCGGCUGUAAAGCAACAGCCUGAGAAUCCUGAGGCUUGGUUACUGUUAGGAACAACCCAGGCUGAAAAUGAACAGGACCCCAACGCUAUAGCGGCAUUGAACAAGUGCCUCCAGCUGGAUCCCACAAAUCUGACAGCUCUGAUGUCGGCCGCGGUCAGCUACACCAACGAGAGCUACUACAACCAGGCCUGCUCCAUGCUGCUCAACUGGCUCAAACACAACCCCAAAUACCAGGACCUGGUGCCCAAGGAUCUCAACCUUUCACGGCUAGUUACAAGCUUGUUGGUUUCGGCUAACCAAAAGUUACUGCAAGACUUGUAUCUGAAAGCUGCUCAAAGAAAUCCGCAGAAUAUAGACUAUGAGGUACAGUGUGGACUCGGAGUCCUUUGUAAUCUUACUGGAGAAUAUGACAAGGCGGCUGACUGUUUUAGGAGUGCCUUAUCUGUUAGGCCGGACGACGCAAGACUUUGGAAUAGACUGGGUGCUACCUUGGCCAACGGUUCCAAAUCUGAGGAGGCCGUGGAGGCCUAUUAUCAUGCUCUACAUUUGGUGCCGGGGUUUAUAAGAGCCAGAUACAACGUAGGGAUUACAUGUAUAAAUUUGAGGGCUUACAAAGAAGCGGUGGAACAUUUUUUGACAGCCCUAAACCAACAGGCCCGAGGCAAAGACGUCCUAAAUUCGGGUGCCAUAUCGCAAAUGUCGGAUACCAUAUGGUCCACCCUGACCAUGUGCACAUCCCUGAUGGACAGACGCGACUUAACGCCGUUAGUCAAGAAUAAAAAUCUGCAAGAGCUCAACAAGAUCUUUAACAUCGAUUAGAAAGAAACGUUAUAUCUAUACGGUAUCGUCGAGAAAGAAAAAAAACGACGUCAUAGUAACCUUUUUG